UCCCAGACUUCAGACUUAUUUGCAAUGAUUGAGCGGAUGCAGACCAGCAGAAUGGAUGAACAGAGAUGUAUGCCUCCACCACCCCUCAAAACAGAGGAAGACUACAUCCCCUACCCCAGUGUCCAUGAGGUCCUGGGCCGGAAAGGUCCGUUCCCUCUGAUCCUGCUGCCUCAGUUUGGGGGUUACUGGAUCGAGGGCACCAACCAUGACCUGGGCACUACCGUAGACCCAGAGCAGCUGUUCUGCUUGCCGGUGCCAGUCAAACUGGAGACAAACAGCCUCGCCAAAAUCUACAGAAAGCACUUUUUGGGCAAGGAACACUUUAAUUACUACUCAGUGGACAGUGCACUGGGACAUCUGGUCUUCUCCAUGAAAUAUGACGUCAUUGGAGAUCAGGAGCACCUCCGCCUACUACUCAGGACAAAGUUCAAGACCUACCAUGAUGUGAUCCCCAUCUCCUGCUUGACUGAAUUUCCUAAUGUCGUCCAGAUGGCCAAGCUUGUGUGUGAGGAGGUCAACGUGGACAGAUUUUAUCCAGUCCUGUACCCUAAGGCUUCAAGGCUCAUCCUGACCUUUGAUGAACAUGUCAUCAGCAACAACUUUAAGUUUGGGGUCAUCUAUCAGAAGUAUGGUCAGACAAGUGAGGAGGAGCUGUUUGGGAACAGUGAAGAGAGUUCUGCCUUUGUGGAAUUCCUGGAGUUUCUCGGCGAGAAGAUCGAGCUACAUGACUUUAAAGGGUUCCGUGGUGGACUGGACGUGACACACGGGCAGACAGGGACUGAGUCCAUUUACCACAACUUCCACAACAAGGAAAUCAUGUUUCACGUGUCCACCAAACUGCCCUAUACGGAAGGGGAUGCACAGCAGCUUCAGAGGAAGAGACAUAUAGGAAAUGACAUUGUGGCCAUUGUGUUUCAAGAGGAGAACACACCGUUUGUUCCAGACAUGAUUGCCUCCAACUUCUUACACGCUUAUGUGGUGGUGCAGGUGGAGGACGCCUGUUCAGACAACGUCCUCUACAAGGUGUCUGUGACAGCGCGGGAUGACGUCCCGUUCUUUGGACCUCCUCUCCCUGAUCCAGCCGUCUUCAAGAAGGGUCCAGAGUUCCAUGAGUUUCUCUUGACAAAGCUCAUUAAUGCAGAAUAUGCCUGUUAUAAAGCAGAGAAGUUUGCUAAGCUGGAGGAGCGGACUCGCUCUGCUCUGCUGGAAACUCUGUAUGAAGAGCUACAUGUUAACAGUCAGUCCAUGAUGGGCCUGGGAGGAGAGGAGGACAAACUGGAGAACGGAGGAGCAGGAGGAGGGGGAGGCGGCGGCUUCUUUGAAUCCUUCAAGAGGGUGAUUCGUAAUAGGAGCCAGUCUAUGGAUGCUAUGGGUCUCAGUAACAAGAAACCACACACGGUGUCAACCAGCCACAGUGGGAGUUUCACCCAGAACCCAGCCGACGCCCCCAAGACCCCCGGAAUAUCAUUGUUUGUUCCGGUGAAAAGUCCCAGUAGAUUCGGCCGGCGUGGCAGUGCUAUAGGAAUAGGCACAGUGGAAGAGUCUCUGAUUAUUCCUGGGAAAAGCCCAACCCGUAAGAAGUCUGGCCCGUUCAGCUCUAGGAGGAGCAGUGCCAUUGGCAUUGAGAACAUCCAGGAAGUUCAGGAGAGAAGCAGGGAGGUGUCCCCCAGCACACAGAAAACCCCUGAGAGUGCCCACGCAUCACUGGACCUCAAAUCUGACAACUCAUCCAAUCAAAGCUCUCCAGAGAUGCAUACCACUAGGACAGGUUCUGCUCUGUGCUGUCGAGCUCCCUCCAUUCCUGAGACGCAGGAUCAGGAUCUGUCACAUUCCUCCUCCAGCACCAGUAGCUUUACCAGUAUGGUGGAGGAGAACGAGAAUGAGGUGACGGAGGAGUACAGCGCUGGACUGGAGAGAUCUACAGGAACACCACUGAAAAGAGAAUCAUCUCUGACCAGCAGUGGCCUGAUGGAGGACAGCUCCAGAGGUACCAGCCCAGGGGGCUCCUCAGGUUAG